UUCUUUAUUUAGAGUUCUUUGGACGCUGCUGCUUCAACAGCAGAACGAUGGCUUGGCUACUCUCUCUCUGCUUUACUCUCAUUUUCUCUCUGUGCAAUGGCUCUCGUACUCCCGUCACUUCCCCAUACCUUGAUGGAUAUUUAGACAAUGGUAACUUUGAAAUAGCACCCAAGAAAGAGAACCUCAACAAAACAGUGAUCCUAGGAAAACUCUCACUUCCAGGAUGGGAAAUCAAUGGCUUGGUGGAGUUUGUCUCAGGGGGGCCACAACCUGGGGGAUUUUACCUCGCCAUCCCUCGGGGAGCCCAUGCUGUGAGGCUUGGCAACGAGGCUUCCAUCUCUCAGAAUGUGAAUGUCAAGCCAGGGUAUAUUUACUCUCUCACAUUUGGUGCCACAAGGACUUGCGCACAAGAUGAGGUGCUGAGGAUAUCAGUCUCUGGCCAGACGGCAGACAUCUCCAUUCAGACCCUGUAUAGCACUGAUGGAGGCGACACCAUUGCUUUUGCUUUCAAUGCAACAGCUAAAGUAGUCAAGGUCACAUUUCAUAACCUUGGGGUUCAAGAAGAUCCAACUUGUGGACCUCUCUUGGAUGCCAUAGCAAUCAAAGAAAUGAGUCCUCUAAGAUAUACCAAAGGUAACCUAGUCAAAAACGGUGGGUUUGAGACUGGUCCCCAUACCUUCAAGAACUUCUCAACAGGGGUCCUCCUGCCUCCCAAGAUGCAAGACAAAAUUUCACCACUCCCUGGCUGGAUCAUUGAAUCCCUCAAACCUGUGAAAUACAUUGACAAGAAGCACUUCUCGGUUCCUUCAGGACUCUACGCGAUCGAACUGGUAGCUGGAAGAGAGAGUGCCAUUGCCCAAGUCAUCAGAACAGUUCCUAACAAAUUCUACACCCUCGCAUUCACUGUUGGAGAUGCCAAGAACGGUUGCCAUGGAUCAAUGAUGGUCGAAGCAUUUGCUGGUAAGGAAACUCUCAAGGUUCCUUUUGUAUCUCAAGGAAAGGGUGUAUUCAAGACGGCAAGUUUCAAAUUCCAAGCAAUCUCAGCCAGGACAAGGAUCACCUUUUACAGUGCCUAUUACCACACCAAGUUACAUGAUUUUGGUCAUAUGUGCGGCCCUGUCUUGGAUGAUGUGAGGGUUCUGCCUGUCUCUUAGUCAAAAGUCAGAAGUUUGUUUCCCGCAUAAUAUAGGACUUCGGCUUUUGUUUUUUUGGAGUAUGGAGGCUUCUAACGGGAAAAUUUGGCGUUGGGCCUUUUAUUACAUAGCAAGGUCAUUGGAGUCAUACUUUUUAAUAUCUGGAAUCUUGAAGAGUGAUUUUGGACU